AACACACGUGUACCUUUCUUUUAAUUCUGUUACCAAAUAUUGGAAGAUUUUAAAUACUAACCUUCAAAGUUUUACCAGAAUGGAGCAAAAAUGAAACGUGUGCAUGAAUUCACAAGACUGAUCGUUUUAAAAACAAAGUUUUGUGUUUCAGUAUUUGUCCCACAAAUAGCAUAUUGUUACAAACUAAUCAAAUGCUUGAAGAUGUAUGCAGGCGCAAUAACAUACAGGAGGCAUCAUCAGUUAAACUGGGGCACGGGAAGCAGUGUAGAUCGGAACACGGUCGGCGGUCUAGCUGAAUUGAAGCCUGCGUCUGUCGAGCACAAAUCCGGUGGUGCUGUGGGAUGAACGUGCUGAGGCGGACAUGGGGCAGGUACCAGCUCGCUCUCCAAAGACACCCCCUCAAGAUGCAGUCCCUGCAAGCGUCCGUGCUGAUGGGCACGGGCGACGUCGUCGCACAGACGUACGUCGAGGGGAAGCCCCUGAGGAACGUUGACGGCGCGCGAGUUCUCCGCUUCUCGUCCAUCGGCGUCUGCAUCGGCCCCGCCCUGCUGCGGUGGUACGGGUGGCUGGACCGCGUGGCAGGGCCGACGGGCGGCCGGGCGGUCGCGGGGAAGGUGCUGCUGGACCAGGCGGUGGCCGCCCCCGCGAUGCUGUGCGCCGUCCUCUCCGCGGUCUCCCUGCUGGGGGGGGCCGACCUCCCCGGCGUGGCGGCCAAGCUGCGGCAGGACUACGUCCCGGUGCUCCUCGCCAACUACAAGGUGUGGCCCGCCGUGCAGCUGUGCAACUUCACGCUGGUGCCUCUGCGGUACCGUGUGCUCGUGGUGCAGACAGUGGCCGUGCUGUGGAACACGUAUCUGUCUCGCCGCGCCAACUGUCCCGUGCCUGUAUGAGCCGUAUCAGCUCCGCAGUGCAGUGCACAGACGUCGACCCACUGUGUCUCCCACGCUUCUCUCUACUUGACUUGGUCCUGAGCAUGGCACAGACAGAUCCUUGUCUUCUGCGGAGGCUCCAAAAUUAGCUUACAAUUUGCCAUAACAGUGACACAGGCAUUAGUUUAAAAAUGGUACUGCACCAUACACUGGAUUUUGUUAAAUCAUUAAUCACAUAGUUGUAUUUUUUUUCUCUCCAUAGAACAGGCUUUGAUUUAAUGUUAUAACAACAAAUCAAGCACUUUAAGGCCAGGGGUACACACUGAAUGAGACAUGAUGCGAUGUUUUGUGUGAAAGUAGUUGCCCUGCAUGUACGCACAUGAACUCCGUGCACACAGAAUCAGGCAGUGCGAUAAGAUCAAGGCGACAACAUCGAAUAACUGCUCCAACUUAGUUGUGAGCAGACUGCUGUGUUCUUCGCAUGCGUGAUUAUUAUAAAAAAAAUAAUCAAACAAAGGCAUUCUGUAGUGAGGCAAUCGCUAACUAGUUAAAGACUGUUUUUCAUUGUUACUUUAAUUUGAGUAAAUAUUCACUUGUGAAGUAUUUUAAUUUUUUUUUUUUUCUCAGUAUGGAACUGGAUGCAUAUUGAUUAGUUGUGUAGUUCAGGCAAUACCUAUUUUAUAUAUAUAUAUAAUCCAUCUCUGAAGGUGUUUCGCGUUGAUUUCGAGAAUAUGGGAAGAAAUAACUUUACGGAAAUACAAUGUCAAGUUGUCGCAUGAAGAUGGUGUUAAGCUGUUAUGUGGCAUUUUGUGGCGUUGCAUCACAUCACGUCUGAUUCUGUGUGUACAGAGCCUAAGGCAUUUAAAAUUUGGCCGUGCAAAGCUCAAUGGAAUUUUUAUCUUCAAUAACAAUAACUUUUAACUGUGUUCACUACGACACUCUUGUUGAAGUUUAUAACGGAAAAUUCCUGUUCUUUGUCCAGUUUGUGCACAGCCAGGAGAAUAUACACAUAAUUAGUCGAGAAUUUCAUGUUGUUUUGAAACAGUGUAAAUUUGACUAUUUUAACGUCCUGAAUUUUCCAAAAAACCUUUAAUGUAAAAAAAAAUAUAUGUUUGUUAGGCUGUGCUCCGUUUGGGGGAGACUGUUGGUAGGUCUGUGGCCUCGUUUCAACUAUUAAUUGCAUUGGUUUCAUGUUAAGUCUGAUCAUAUAAUUGGACGCAUAUUGAACUAAACAACCUUUUGAAAAGUCAGAUUGUGUUUUCUACAGCAUAAGAUUUGUUGCCUUUGUGAGGUUUUUCGGUCGGCUGGUAUUCACAAUUUACUUAGAGGAAGACUGUGCAGAUUCUACACUUCAUGAAAUCGUUCUGAUGUAUAUGGUCAUCCUUGGCUAUACAAUUUUUUUUGGACAAACUAUCACACAUCAAAUCCCUUCAAGAUGCUUUACAUUUAGUAAUAUUUUCAUAGGUUUUUUUCAGAUACAUCAUUAUGACAGUUAACUGUGUAUAAUAUUUUUCAGACAUUCAUUUAAAUGUUCACUGCUUUAAAUAAGGCAUGCAUUUCAUGUUCCUUCAUUUUUGGCAAGCUGUUGAGCCGUACAUUGUAAGUAUUUUUUCCCCUCACUCGUUUCUUCCUUGUUGGGUAUGUAUUGCUGUGAAGUUUGUGGAUCGCUUAUCACACACAUGUUUCUGGCUUUCCAACUGAACUUGAUUCAGGAAGCAGACUUGUGAAAACGGUCUGUGCUUCUCGAGGUUAGGUUGUGUGACACUUGAUGGCGGCAGUGUUGAGCAUUCAGCGUGAUGGCUGCCCUGUUCUGUGUGAUAGGAAACUGCAUUGCAACCAGCGAGUGUAGUUCAAGAGCAUUCAAACACUAAAUUCAAUAAAUUAUAACUUUUUGGAAGUAUAACUCAGAAUAAUUCUCCUGAAAAAGCGUAGUCAAAGGAAAUAAAUACGUACCUGUGGUAGAGAAAUUUAUAUUUUGCAUGAUGUGAUGUAAAUAUUCUCUAUAAAAUCUAGUUUUGAAGCAGUUACAAAAAAGUCACAGUGAUCGACAACAUUUAUGGAACAUUAAUUGAGACGUAAUAUAGUUAUGGUUUGUUUUGUGUAAUGAGUUUUGCAUUUGAAGUGCGGUAUAUACCUUAUCCUCUUGUAUCUAUAUUUGUGAAAUACUUAAGCUAAGCAACCUUUGUACAUUAAAAAAAAAAUACAAACUUUGAGUUAUAAACAACUGACAUUUUAUGAAGGUAAUUAUUUUAGUUAUUAGUAAUGUAACAAGUGAUGCAUGGGUGACUGAUGCCAGCGGUGUUGCUAUGUUUUUAUAGCAUUUUGUGCAGUGUGAAGAUUAUUGUUUUAUUAAAAAAAAAAAAAUAAUAAUAAUUUUACCUUGAUGUUUGAGGAUUUUAUUUUAGUUUUUUUUAUGCAUGUAUGGUAGUUACAUGAAAAGAACAUAUUACUCUUUCAUUAAAUAUUCUUGUGAUAACUGUGAAUAGUUAAAACUAUUUGAAGAAUAUGUUUGUACAGAAUUAGAACAGUAAAAUAAAGUUGUUACAAAAUGGUUCAAUA